CGCCAGCAGCAGCAGGAUGGGAUCCAAACGGACCAGUCGGAAGGCAGCUCCCGUGCCUGCAAAGGGGGGUGAGCCGGCGCAGGCCGAUGAGGCGGACGCAGCGCCAGAGGUUGAGGCGGAGAGCCCGAUCAUCAUCUCCAAGUGGGACGGUCAGACAGUGCGCAACAGCCUCGAGGAAGCCUUUUGCAAGGCCACGGGUGAUGCCGUGCCUGAAGAAUUUGAGCAAGCCACGGCCGAGGAAGAUUUCAAGCUGAUCAUGGCCGCCAUUGGUUGUGCUUUUGCGGGCUAUGCUUGCAUCUACGGCCUCUUCGUGCCCCACCCAGCCAGCUCGCAAGUCGUUGGCAUUUGCGCGGCUGCCUACUUUGUCUUCAUGACCAUUCUCAACGUUCAUGCCAUGUUCUUUGAUCAGCAUGCCGCCGUCCUUAUGCGUUCUCAAAAGACCGGGCAACGCCUCUCCACAUUUGUCCACAUGAACAAGUACUCGCCGGAAUUGACAGUGGAAAUGAUUCUGGCUAGUUCAGCCGGCACCUCCAGCUCACAAACCUUUGAUGGCCAUGUCGGCCAGUUUUUUUACGAAGACGGCGAAAUGUGCCGAGAGGCCGUGGUUCAGGUUACGGAGGAUUUGUUGAGUCAAUUACUGGCCUUAAAGAAUGAAUGA